AACAAAUGUGCAAUGCACUUUCCAAACUGUGAAAGGCAGCAAUACGAAACAAAGUGUAUAGUCUGCCGGAAAACCAUACGAAGAUGAAGAAAGCAACACACUUCCUCAAUCAAUGAGAGAAGAUUUUAAACAGACAAGAUGGUGUUGCACACAUUGUUGGAUUACUUCAUGGAGCAUAUUUUUGUAUUUAAUGUAAUAAUGGAGCAUUUUCUCAAUUCAAACGAACCCCCUGCAAUUAGACAUGGACAUUGAUUAGACAUGCGUUGUCUUCCAAGUCGGGAAUUGAGGAAGCAUCGCAAAAUUGAUCGAAAAUGAACUGUGCUACACUUAACAUGACCUACUUAAUAACGCCUAUAAGCCAGCUGGAACAGUAGUGGUCUGACUAGGGCUAGGCAAUAUUUUUUAUAACUAGGGUGCGUUUUUUUUCCGGGCCUAUGAACUCGGGUAAGGGUAUUUUUAGCCAUGCUUUUUCUGCUACCUUCGUAAGCAGGUCCAUGGUCUGUUUUAUUAAAGUACCAAAAAGCCCCGAGCAGAGAGGAUAAAUGUUGAGGUGAAGGCAUUCCAUUCAUAGAAGCAUUCCUUUGGCAUUUCAACAUUAUUUUGAACCAACAAACCAAUUAAGUUUUGUUGACUUCCGUUUUAAAUUACUUGCCCAGAAAUGAUUGGUUGGCAUUGGCAACCGUUUUAGCCGACGGGGGGCCUAACUAGCUAGUUACAUCUUGUUGGCUGAAUAAAGAAAGCGAAAGGAAGCCGGAUCUAAAGACAGAUAUCCAACAUAGGAUAAAGAAGGUUCAUAUUCUCUCAACCCCCCCAACUAUUCAUUAGAAAGGAGUGAGGAGCAAGAGACGCACUGCACACAGAAUGAGGUUGGAAGAGGGUUGUUUACCUUCUAUGGCUCAUCUGCUCCCAGGAUGGUGAACAGCUACAAGCGGACUUCCAGCCCUCGGUCCCCUACGAACAGUGGGGAGCUCUUCACUCCAGCACAUGAGGAGAAUGUGCGCUUCAUCCACGACACCUGGCAGUGUGUGCUCAGAGACAUCAGGUCACCACAGAGCAGUGAACGCAAAGACCGUGGACCACAGGAGUAUGUGGAAAAGAACCCCAAUCCCAACUUAAAUUCUUUCACACCAGUUGACCUGAGUGACCUCAAGAAACGCAACACACAGGACUCCAAGAAGUCCUAGUCUUUCUCUUUACAGUCCAACAGCUUUUUUUCUCCACCCAUUAUCCUUGGGAACUUUCUCCUCCUCCAGUCCUCUGUCAGCCAGCAAGUCAACCUUUUGGCCAGUCCUGCCCACAAUGCCGGUCCCCUCUCUGCUCUCCUGGACUAACAACAGCCUGCCCAUUCAACAGCAGUGGGCUGAUGUCCUAACAACCACAACAUUUUUGGAGUUCCUUAUCCACCCCGGUCUCUCUGUCCACCCCCUCCCCCUCUGUCUCUCUCUCUCUGUCCCUCUCUCUGUCCAGGCUCAAUAUUUUCUCACCCUACCUCUCAUCUGGUUGACGUGGAAUGCAAGAAAGCUGGGAUUUGAUUUCCAGGGAUUCUCUCUUCCGGUUCUUGGUUUUACAGUCAUAAAUUUUUAUUUUUCCCUCUUUUUUUAUGUGAAUGGGACUGAUGCAGAGUUUCAAUGAAAUAUGCUGACAUCCUGAUGCCGAAGUACAGACUGUGUACAAAUUCUUCACAGGACACUUUAAAGGACUGCAGUCUUAAAUAGAAACUCAGUUUUCUUUUCAAUCUACAAAGGAUAAUGCUGAAGGGCUGACAUUCUUUUUUUGGAAGAUAGUUGAAUUGUAGAUGUAUUGGAAUGGAAUCCGAUUGUACGGGCGAGUUUUGGAAGCCAAAAAUGGUUUAGUAUAAAUGCCAACAUUUUAAAUAUAGACUCAUGCCCCUAAAAUGGACUUCAAGUAGACAUCUCCACAUUGACUUCCCAGCCUUGAAACAAAAUAUUGAAUAAAAUACUUUUCCAAUAUGUCACUCAAUGCAUUGGUCAUAGAUGUUCUGACCUAAAUGUACUUUUUGGAUGUGUCCCCAAUACUCCCCAAUGAUGUAUGUACAAACACAGUACCUACAGUAGGAUGGUCAGUUAUCGUUGUCUCAUGCUCGUUGUUUUGUUUGUGCAUUAUUACUGAAAACAGUGUAAUAGGCUAUGUAUACUGAACAAAAAUAUAAACGCAACAUGCAACAAUUUCAAAGA